GUGCCGCAACGACGUCAAACCAUGCUCUGUUCUUCUUGUUUCCCCCAGGGUGUAGCUUUUUUCUUGGUCUUCAUUAGUAGCAAUAUCAUUAAUGUCUUUCCAUAGUCUACUCGGAAUUUACAACUGGAUUGGGACUGGUGAGGAGCAAGGGCCAACCCAAUCUCUUUUCACAUUCGUCUCGCCGUGGGUUGACUCCUUCAUGAUUUAUCUGUAAUUAUUCGUAUUUUGUUCUGAAUAUUCCGUCCCUUUUGGGCAUGUUGUUCUGCUUCAAUUUCCAAGCUUCAAUUCUAUAAGAAAGGGGUUGGAAAUUGAAGCUAGGAAUUGGGUGGUGAAGCAGGCGGGAUUUUGGGGAUGAAGCGGAAAAUGGGUCUGCUUGGAUCUUCUUCUUCUUGUUCAUCUGCAUUUGCUUUUGGUGUACUUUUAGUUUUGGUUUUGAAUGCAGCAGUUCUCUGUAAUGGAGGAAUCACCAGUUCCUUCGUGAGGAAGGAGGAGAAGACUGUUGAUAUGCCUCUCGACAGUGAUGUUUUUCGUGCACCUCCAGGCUAUAAUGCUCCUCAACAGGUUCAUAUAACACAAGGAGAUCAUGAGGGAAAGGGAAUGAUUGUGUCAUGGGUCACCAUGGAUGAACGGGGGUCCAGAAUUGUGCGGUAUUGGAGUAAGGGCAGCAAGCACAAGAAGGAGGCCAAGGGCAUCGUUGUUAGAUACAAGUACUACAACUAUACUUCUGGUUACAUUCACCAUUGCACGCUCAAGAAAUUGAAGCCCGACACCAAAUAUUACUAUGAAGUUGGGAUUGGACACACCGAGCGUAAGUUCUGGUUUAGAACUCCUCAAACAGUUGGCCCGGAUGUUCCCUACACUUUCGGGCUUAUAGGGGAUCUUGGUCAGAGCUAUGAUUCAAAUAGGACACUUACCCAUUAUGAAUUAAAUCCAACCAGAGGCGAAACUGUGCUGUUUGUUGGGGACCUUUCUUAUGCAGAUAACUAUCCUAAUCAUGACAAUGUGAGAUGGGAUUCGUGGGGAAGGUUUGUUGAGAGAAGUACCGCUUAUCAACCCUGGAUAUGGACUGCAGGAAAUCACGAGAUAGAUUUUGCCCCCGAAAUUGGCGAGAAAAUACCAUUUAAGCCUUUUACCCGCCGGUACCAUGUCCCUUAUGCAUCAUCAAAUAGCACUGCUCCAUUUUGGUACUCAAUCAAGAGAGCUUCAGCAUAUAUCAUUGUCUUGUCUUCAUAUUCUGCUUAUGGUAAAUACACCCCUCAGUACAAAUGGCUUGAAGAGGAGCUCCCCAAAGUUAACAGAAAUGAGACACCCUGGUUGAUUGUUCUAAUGCACUCCCCCUGGUAUAAUAGUUACAACUAUCACUACAUGGAAGGGGAAAGCAUGAGAGUAAUGUAUGAACCAUGGUUUGUACAGCACAAAGUUGAUGUUGUGUUUGCUGGCCAUGUUCAUGCCUACGAACGAUCUGAACGCAUAUCCAACACUGCAUACAACAUUGUGAAUGGUAUUUGCACUCCUGUAAAAGACCAGUCUGCUCCUGUAUACAUAACCAUUGGCGAUGGUGGAAAUAUCGAAGGGUUAGCUAACAACAUGACAGAGCCACAGCCUGACUACUCAGCUUACCGUGAGGCAAGUUUUGGUCAUGCCAUUCUCGAUAUUAAGAACCGAACCCAUGCUUACUACAGUUGGCACCGCAAUCAUGAUGGGUAUGCUGUGAAGGCUGAUUCCUUGUGGUUUUUCAAUAGAUACUGGCACCCUGUUGAUGAAUCUAAGAGUGGCUCAUCACAGUGACAUAGUUUUUUUCCCUUUUUCCCUUUGUUUUUGCAUUUUGCAAUAAACGCCAAAGUGAAUUCGAUAAAGUUUCUACCUUCUCUUCAUGUAAUUGUUUUGCCAUAUGCUGUAGACAGUGUAUUUUAAUUUAAUGAAACAUCAACCUUCUCUCCA